UUUUAUUGUGUUUAACAUGUUUCAGUGAAAUAGGUGUAUCCCCUGGUGAAGGAACUGGUGCAACCAUGUCAGAUGAUGAUGAUGAUCAAGAAGAUAGUGAAACAAAUUUCUAUGAUGGAGGUUUGGAUGGCCCAGACAGUAUGGGUUUUGGGCCCCUUGUACCGACCGAGAGCGAGCGAUCCCUAAUGGAGCGUGUUAGGCAAGAACUAAAGCAUGAAUUGAAACAGGGUUAUAAAGAGAAGAUUGUUGACAUUAGAGAAGAAAUUUUACGUAAGAGAAGAGCUGGAAAACUCCCUGGUGAUACCACUUCUACCUUGAAAGCUUGGUGGCAGUCCCACUCCAAGUGGCCUUACCCAACGGUAAGCUCCCAUCUCAUGAUCUUUGAUUUAGUGUUCGUUUGAGACAGCUUUCUUAAU